GACACGCUGCUGCUGCGUCACAGCUGAUCGCGCGAUGUUGACCCACGCGCGCGUUGGCUAUCGCUUGUUUCCUCCAAGAUUUGUACCUCAGUAUAAACUCAACGCUCUGUCAGUUCGGUGGCCGUUGCGGGCUGUGCCAACGUAGGAUUCUAAUAAAGUGAACCAUAACUCAAGGAGACGCGUACAUAUUGCUCCGCUUCGAAGCUAGCGUUCGCCGCAUUGCAGAACGGUAAAGAGAGUGUGACACAAUAACAGAGAAAUCGAAAGUGUUUGUUGUUAUCGACGCAAAACGGGCAAAAACUAUGCGCCUGGGGUCGGUGUCCUGUUUGGCUCUGUUGUUGUUCUGCUGCAUAUCUCUGACACAGACUUUUCGAUUCAGGGGUAAUCAGCGAUCGCCUGUUAUUUUCGUUCCUGGAGAUGGAGGGAGCCAAGUUGAGGCAAGCGUCAACAAAACUACCGUUGUGCACUACCUGUGCGAGAAGGUAUCCUCUGGAUUCUUCAACAUUUGGCUGAACCUGGAACUGCUGGUUCCGAUAAUUAUAGACUGCUGGAUCGAUAACAUGAAACUGCUGUACAACAAUGAGACCAGGAAAAGCAGGAAUCCAGAUGGAGUGGAUAUCAAGAUACCGGGCUGGGGAGAUCCUUUUGUUGUGGAGUACUUGGAUCCCAGUAAGGCUUCGCCUGGUGCUUACUUCAAAGACAUUGCCAAUAUGCUUGUCAAGGAUUUAGGAUAUAUUCGUAAUGUAUCCCUGAGGGGAGCACCAUACGACUUUAGAAAAGGACCAAAUGAGAACGAUGAAUAUUUUGUUAAACUGAAGGACCUUGUGGAGGAAACUUAUAUUAUGAAUAAUAACCAACCUGUCACUCUAGUGGCACACAGCAUGGGAGGGCCAAUGUCGUUGAUAUUUCUACAGCGCCAGAGUCAGAAAUGGAAAGAUAAAUAUAUCAAUUCAUUGAUAACUCUUGCUGGUGCCUGGGGAGGAUCAGUCAAGGCGCUCAAAGUAUUUGCCAUUGGUGACAAUUUGGGAGCUUAUCUAUUGCGAGAAAGUAUAUUAAAGGAUCAACAGAUUACUAGUCCAAGCCUUGGGUGGUUGCUGCCUUCAAAAUUGUUCUGGAAGGAGGAUGAAGUGCUUGUGCAAACUCAGUUGCGAAAUUACACAUUUGCUGAUAUGAGGCAAUACUUGAUAGAUAUAAACGUGCCAAAUGGAUGGGAAUUCCGUAAAGAUAAUGAAAAAUUCCAACUAGACUUUAGGCCACCAGGUGUAGAGCUACAUUGUUUACAUGGAGUCAAAGUGGAUACAGUUGAAAGACUAUUUUACAAGCCUGGAAUAUCAAUAGAUGGAUAUCCACAACAAAUACCAGGGGAUGGAGAUGGGACUGUCAAUUUAAGGAGUUUAGAAGGGUGCACUUAUUGGACUAACAAACAAAAGCAAAAAAUUUAUCAUCAACCUUUUCCAGGAGUCAAUCAUAUGCAAAUUUUGAGCAAUGGUUCGGUGCUGGAUUACAUUAGAAACGUUUUAAAAUUUUAAGAGAAUUUAUGAUUGUUCAAGUGAUAAGCUACUAAGAAAAUUUAUAAUUGUUUAAGUUGUGCAUGCGAGCCGCGUAUCUCAAGCAGAAAUGAACAAUGCGAUAAAUUUAGUGUUAGUGUUUUUGAUUCUGGAGUUUUAAAGAUAUUGUAACAAGUGAUCUAAGGUCUUAUCUUGCGUGAUUUUUAAUCUUAUUAUAAAAGAGCAGCCAUGAAGCUUCAAGGGUUUUGAGAUUAUCCAUAUUUACAUUUAUAUGAAUUUUUAUAUGAUUUUCAAUUUCAAUCUGGCAAUACUUCCAUUGUAAUAUUUAAUUUUCUCGUCAUACAACCCGUGAAAUCGAUUUCAUUUUGACUGAUCAGUGCUGUGAAAAUAAUGAUAUUCUAUUACAGCCAUUUGCAAUAGUUUUAUAACGUCGUUAAUAAUACAAGAGUUAUUAACAAAAUCUAUUUAAUUAAAUAAAGAUAUAGUUUUUUUAAUAAAUA